AAAAGACGCCUCGAUCUCCGUCCCGAUCUCCAGUUUCCUUUCUCUCUUCUUCCUGUCUCAGGCAUGGGCCGCGCCUUUACAGUGUGUUCCCUCUCUCUCUUGUUGAGAGGAUCAAAGUCCAGCGAACACCGCAGCGCGUCCGGGCACCGAGAGAAAAAAACGGCGCAGCUGGAGAGACUCGGAGGAGGGCCGUUCGAUUCUUUGUCUUUCUCUUCAAAUGCUCUGCAUCUCUGAAAAGGCUGAGAAGAAAGUCGGUUUCGAAAUCUCCACUGCAUACAGUUCUGUCUCGCGCUCACUUUUCCCUUUCGAGUCCACCCCGGAGGAUCUGUGAUUUGCCUGCCUCCUUGCUUUGUCGUUUUCUUCAGCGGGCGCGGCUCCCGUGGCAUUUUCGUGAGUUUCAACUUGGACGAAAGGUUCCUUUCUUCCUGAUUUCUCCAAAAGUCCUUUCUCUCUCAUCCAGGAGAGGAGAAACGCGUCUUCUCGCGCCGUCGCCGAACCUCCGCGCGGUGUCCCCGACGGUGCCGGUUCUCUCAACGCAUGCUCACGGCCCGGUGUUUCAGCUGCGUCGUCUACGCUGCAGGAAUUUUGAAUCAUCCUCUUUUCCUCCGUUUUCAAAUUCUCCAGAGUUCCCCUGAAUCCCCUCCUAAACACCACCAUGGCAAGCCUCCGGAGCCAGGCCUGGCGACGCGUCGCCCAGAGAGCCUUCUCUCACCUUUCCUCCUCCUCUCCCCUCCUUUCUUCUGGUCUCCAAGGUCUGCCGGUUGCUGUCUCUGUCUCUCCGACGCAGACGCGGGAGCAGAAGAGUGAGAGGAUGUUCUGGACGAAAGGACUCUGCGCUGCGGCUCUCGCCGCCGGUGCUGUCUCCGUUGCUGUAGGUGAAGGCAACUCCCGCACAGAGGGAAGGAAACUCGGCGGCUCUCCGGUUUUCUCUCGUGCCUUCGGACGCUGCCCACGCGUCGCUGCAUGCGCAGAAAAAAGAACGGCGACCGACCUGGGUGCUGCCGAAGAUUUUCAGCGAGGUGGACUCUACGAGCUCGCCGUCAACGGCGGAAAAGACAAAGUUCUUCUGUCACGAACUGCCGACGGGACCUUCUACUGCACUGGAGCCAGCUGCAGUCACUACAGCGCGUCUCUCUCCAAAGGCGUUCUCACGGCGAAGCGAACUGUCACCUGUCCUCUCCACGACGCUGAGUUCGACCUUGAAACUGGAAAAUGCGUCAACGGUCCGGCUCUGAGCGCCAUUCCGACGUAUCCGGUGGAGAUCAAGGACGGGCGUGUAGUGGCGCAGAUCCCUGACGAAGUACCUGUUCGAGCUCGUGGAGUUUACGCGAAAGAAAAAAGAGGACAAAACACAGAAACGUUUGUUCUCGUCGGGGGCGGCGCAGCGGCCGCGACGGCUGCGGAGACACUACGAGCAGAGGGAUUCGACGGCCGGAUUGUAAUGAUCUGCGAGGAAUCGGUUCCGCCCUAUGACCGUCCGGUGCUGACGAAGAAUCUCAACGCGAAACUUGACAACAUUCUUCUCCGUCCUCUGAAGGCUCUACAGGAGGACCUCGGCGUCCAGGUUCUCUUGAACUCUCGCGCCGUCGGCGUGGACUUGAAGACGAAAACUGUCCGCCUCGAGGGAAACGCCCCAGAUGUGAAAUUCGAUAAACUGCUUCUCUGCACAGGCAGUGAAGCGCGGCGGCUGACGGGGCUGCCGAACGGAACGGCUCGCGGCAUCUUUACGGUGCGAGGCAAGAACGAUUUGCAGGAACUCAGCGCGUUUCUGGAGGAAAACAAGAAGUUCAACUCCGACCCCAGAGUCGCCAUCAUAGGCUCCUCCUUCGUCGGCGUCGAACUCGCGGCCGCCUUCCAUAGACGCGGAUGCAAGAACGUCACAGUCAUUGGGCAGGAAACUGUUCCGUUCGAGCGAGUCCUGGGCUCUCGUGUGGGUGGAAGCAUCAAGCAGCUCAUCUGCAGCAAAGGCGUGCGGUUCUACCCCCAGAGCAAAGUUGUCGGCUUCACAUCCAGUCGCGACAGAGUCACCGGAGUCGAACUCGCCUCUGGAGAAAUCAUCCAGGCAGACGUCGUCAUCGUCGGCAUAGGCUCGGUCCCCGCCACGAAGUUCCUCGCCGACCAGUCCGAGUUCGCUCUCGCGCGCGACGGUGCCAUCGUCACCGAUCCGCUUCUCAGGUUGCCUGCGAACCCAGAUGUAUUCGUGGCUGGCGACAUCGCCGCGUACCCAUACGUGAAGACAGGCGAGCAAAUCCGCGUGGAGCACUGGGCCGUGGCGAUGCAGCAAGGGAGAGUCGCUGCGCUCAACAUGCUCGGUCACCAUGUUCCCUUCACGCAGAUUCCUUUCUUCUGGUCCAUGAUUUUCGGCAAAGGCAUGCGAUUCGCAGGAUGGAUCGGCAGUGGCUUCGACGAGGUCAUUAUCGAGGGGGACAUUGACAAGCAACAGUUCGUCGCCUACUAUGUCAAGGAUGACCGCGUCACCGCUGUUUGCACGAUGGGACGCGACCCGGUAGCUGUGGCGGCGGUGGAACUGCUCGAACAGAAUUUGAUGCCUUCACCAGGCGAGUUGCGUCAAGGCCUGAAGAACUCCCAAGAUGUUUUGGCGAUUGCCAAGGAGACCGCAGCAACCAAGACUGUCAAGCGGCUGGUCUGAGUGUUCAGUAACCGCUUCUGAGUUGUGCGACUCAGCAUUUUGGGCGGUGAAAAGGAGUUUCGUAUUCUCUCCAAACUUGGGGUCGUGUACGAAGCAACAGUGCCCGAAAACGAUUCGCGAGCAAGUAGCCAAGCAGCCCUGCUGCCGCAAGCAUGACAGGACGAAGGUACUGUGUGUCCGUGACAGCACGCUUGAGGACGAAGAGGGGCGAAGUAGCUACGACGUCCUACUCCAAUCGCGUCUCGUUCUUUGUCGGCAAAGGACGAGAUCCUGAAACAACGUGUGCCGCUGUACAGCUCCGAAUGCCCGAGGCAAGUGGGCAAAGUCUCUGGCUCUCGUCUUCACUCUCCGUCGUGAGGCUCUCAUCCAGAGUGAGAGUGUGAAUGAGUGCAACGCCACGGUUGUGUUGACGCGAGUGCGUGUGCCAAAGACAUUCAAAUCAAGAAAUUCUUAUUUUUAACUGAUGUGUGACAGUUCGACCUAACACCGUCGCCCUCGGCGAGACAAAUGUGCACUGAAGUUGGCUGACUAUGAGUUUUGGCGGGAAUGCGAGUAUGUAAAGAGAGCAGCAAAUGCGUGCAUGCAUUGGGGUCGUGUGCUUGGAAACAAUCAAUGGUGUACUUUUGUCAUACCAAGAUAAACAGCGCGUGUGAGGGAACGCAAACGUCGAGACGCAAAAUGUGAGGUUGUGCGCUCAUGUGUUACAAUGGAACUCUCGGUUGUUGUGGGAACAAGAAUGGCAACUUGACUUGUUCCUCGACUUCGGACUUUUUCUCUUAGAAAGAAGAGAAUUUUCGUGUUUCUGGC